CAGCGCUCGGUGCCUGCACGUGUAGUUCAACUCUUUGAGUGAAUAUGCAUUCGACCAGUGGUGAGAGGUUUCAUGGAAGGAAAACCCCAACUGGACGCAAACCACGACUGAAGACGAGGGAACAGCAACAAGUGAACCAGCCCGAGGACUGAGAGCACCGACUGGAGAGGACCCAUCUGACUCGGAGAUUCCAGUGAUUCAGUCAGGAGAAAGUUUGGUUAAAAUCGACAAGGAAUUUGUCUAUGGGAAUUCAAACGCAACACACCAGUUGUGCUGUCGCUGUCUAGAUAUUUAAGGAGCAAGGGAUUCAAUCAGCCAUCCUUCCUGUUCAGACUGUGCGGAGGGAUUCACUCGGUCAUCUGACCAACUGACACGUCUGUCAUUUUACACAGGGGAGAGACCGUUCUCCUGCUCAGACAGUGGGAAUGGAUUCACUCGGUAAUCUCAACUGAAGGUUCACACUGGGCAAGGCCAUCCAUCUAUUCUGUGUGUGGGAAGGGAUUCAGUUGGUCUUCCCACCUGUGGACACACCAGUCAGUUCACACUGGGCAGAGGCUGGUCAUCUGCUGAAUUUGUGGGGAAGGAUUCACUCGGUCCUCUGAUCUAAUGGCUCACCAGCGAGUUCACACUGAGGAACGGCCGUUCACCUGCUCGGACUGUGGGAAGGGAUUCACGUUGUCAGCUCACCUACUGAGACACCAGUCAGUUCACACUGGGGAGAGGCCGUUCACCUGCUCAGACUGUGGGAAGAGAUUCACUCGAUCAUCUGACCUGCUGGCGCACCGACGUGUUCACACUGGAGAGAGGCCAUUCACCUGCUCAGACUGUGGGAAGGGAUGCAGUCAGUUAUCUGCACUGAAGGUACAUCAGCGAGUUCACACUGGAGAGAGGCCAUUCACCUGCUCAGACUGUGGGAUGGGAUUUACUCAGUCAUCUCACCGACUGAGACACCAGCGAGUUCACACUGGGAAGAGGCCAUUCACCUGCUCAGAUUGUGGGAAGAGAUUUACUCAGUUAUACAACCUACAGAGUCACCAGCGAGUUCACACUGGAGAGAGGCCAUUCAUCUGCUCAGAAUGUGGGAUGGGAUUUGCUCAGUCAUCUCACCUCCUGAGACACCAGAAAGUUCACACUGGGGACAGGCCUUUCACCUGCUCAGAAUGUGGGAAGGGAUUCAGUAAUUCAUCCCACCUACAGAGACAUCUGCGAGUUCACACUGGGGAGAAGCCAUUCACCUGCUCGAACUGUGGGAAGGGAUUCAUUCAAUUAUCUGAUCUACAAAAUCACCAGCGAGUUCACACUGGGGAGAGGCCAUUCACCUGCUCAAACUGUGGGAAGGGAUUCACUCAGUCAUCUACCCUACACAGUCACCAACGAGUUCACAAUGGGGAGAAGCCAUUCACCUGCUCAGUCUGUGGGAACGGAUUCAGUGAUUCAUCCGCCCUACACCGUCACCAACGAAUUCACUCUGGGGAGAAGCCAUUCACCUGCUCAGUCUGUGGAAAGGGAUUCACACAGUUAUCAAGCCUACACAGUCACCAACGAGUUCACACUGGGGAGAGGCCAUUCUCUUGCUCAGACUGUGAGAAGGGAUUCACACAGUCAUCAAGCCUACACAGUCACCAACGAAUUCACACUGGGGAGAAGCCGUUCACCUGCUCAGACUGUGGGAAGGGAUUCACGCUGUCAUCUAAUCUACUGAGACACCAGCGAGUUCACACUGGGUAGAGGCUGAUCACCUGCUCAGUCUUUGGUCAGAGAUUUUCUCGGCCAUCUCCACCAAAUGUGCAUGAUUGUCAAGUCAAACUUGAGUUUCAGGAAGGUAUCAAGGAAGAGCAAGAAUUCACUCGCAGAGAGGACGGAACCUACUGCCUGAGGGCGGUUUCUGCCCAGAACAUUUGGGCGGACCCCGCAACGUCACAGUGGCAGUCCGAGAGCAGCGUCACAUCGGCAGCCAGGAGCAGCGUCACAACCCGCGGUAAGAUGCCGAACUUUAAAUAAUUGUUGAGACUGUUUCAGGGAAAGGAGCACUGCUGUCACUGCGUUUGGGUGAACUCCGCCACCGGGAUCAUCGCAUGCAGGGACUUCUUGAAACCGGUGCGAGGCUUAAGAAGAGCUUGCGAACCUUCGAGAGAGUUCACCCAGUUUGUAACCAUAACGGUCCAGUAGAGAAACAGAGGUGCAGGUCCGAAAUCGUCUCCAAAGUCUGAGAGGCAGCCAGUUUUUCACCUAAUCCUAAUGCUAAUGCUAAUGCUACUGCCUUAUGACUAUCCUUGACUAGACUAAUGACUGACUUACCGCUGAUUAUUUAUGACUACUGACUAAUAAUUACCAACUGCCACACUUGCGAAAAUAAAAAUAAAAAAGGAAGAAGAAAGAAAGUUGUUUGGUCAUUGAGUGGAAUCCGGUUAAAACCUUCAGGUAGGCGUAUUCAGUCCCUUUCAAGUGGGGAAGCUGCACAUGGGAGCAAGAACUCCGACUUGACAGAGAAAAUACUGCUUGACAACACUGUUUGACCAGGAAAAAGAAAUCUGGGAGCUUUGAGCUGGAACAGCAAGAGCAAUAACCUGGAGUCCUGAAAUAGGAAGGAAAUCAAGUUCAGAUAAAACAACAUCAAAGCAUCACUAAAAAGUUGUACACUUCCCAGCAGAGGGAAUCAAACAUGUCUGAUCAAGCUAUUGGGAAAUCAGUUGAGCAACUCAAGCUAGAGAGAAUGACAGCAAAAAGAUUGUUUUCUUGUCUGGCCAGCAGCAUUACCAGGACCUAUGAAGACAUGUCUGAAGAGGAGCUCAGAGUGAGUUUCAAUAAACUCACAAUAGAAGCCGAGAAAGUCAUGGAAGCCAAUGACGAUGCGGAGGCCGGACUCACUGCUGAACGGGAGGUGGAGCUGAACACAGAGAAAGUAGCUGUGUUAACUGAACAGCAAAAAGCUGACCUGGCAAAGACGGCAAAUGAGUGUGAGUUGAAACUGAAGGAAAUCAGAAGGUUGAUCCGGGAGACUCUUUGGACCAACUUUGGAAAUGUUGAGUUGCUCAUAGCACUACAAGCAGCAGAGGAUGAAUGUGAAGACGUCACUGCUGUACAACCUGAUGGCCACCAGGAGGCGGACGGCUUCAUGCUUAACCAUCUGCAAGGACUGGUAAAGACAGUGAAGAAGGUGGGAACGAUGGAACCGGCCAGGGGAUCGGAAGCACCUUCAGAGUCGCCUAAAGGGGCUCGAACUCCAAAUCCCCAAGCUGGUUUCCAAGAAGGCCCACUUCAUACAGGCAAGGAGAAAGGAGGAUGCUGAAAGACUAACACUGACGGCAUUGGGCUUUUCCUCCAAUUUUCCCACGCCAGCCAUCAGACUGAAACCGACGGCCCUUCCCAAGUUUACUGGCAGCAGACGUGAUUUUCACAGGUGGAGAAAGGACUGGGAAGCACUCCAGAGGCAGAGAGAGCUGACCGGUUCAAGAGAGGUGAAAAAGAUUCAACUGCUGGACAGUCUUGACGACAAAGUCAGAAGAGACCUUCGCCUCAAAACUUAUAAAACUGCAGAUGUCAUCUUCUGUGUUCUAGAAAACCGCUAUGGAAAUGGAGUGUGGAAAUCGGAAGUGGGAUAGUAUUGUUACAGAAUGCGAGCUAAAAUGCGGGGGUUGUGGCUGCGGAAACUGCCAGCCAGGCGGCAAAGGAAUGACUCUUGCUGAAGAGAGGGAACUUGUAUACAAAUUCAUAUACAAAAAAAAAUCAAAGCAAUAGUGAUAAGGGAGAAAGAAAGGCAUGAAUAUUGACUUCUCUAACUUCCGUUAAUGCCCCUCCUCCCCUUCUUACCCCAUCCCUGACAUGCUUAGUUGCCCAUCACUCCACUUGUUCUCCAUCUCCCUCUCGUGCUCCCCUCCACCUUUCUUUCUCCCUAGGCCUCCUGUCCCAUGAUCCUUUCCCUUCUCCAGCUCUAUCACUUUUGCCAAUCACCUUUCCAGCUUUCAGCUUCACUCCACCCGCUCCGGUCCUCUCCUAUCAUUUCGCAUUUCCCCCUCCCCCACCUACUUUCAAAUCUUUUAGUAUCUUUCCUUUCUGUUAGUUCUGACGAAUGGUCUCGGCCAGAGACGUUGAAAGUGCUUCUCCCUAUAGAUGCUGCCUGGCCUGCUGUGUUCCACCAGCAUUGUGUGUGUGUUGUCUGAAUUUCCAGCAUCUGCAGAUUUCCUCAUGUUUGCACAAUAUACGAAGGAUACUUCACAUUAUGGAUCAUAUAUACAAAAAAAUAAAAUCAAAGCAAUAGUGAUAAGCGUGGACGCUGAAAAGGCAUUUGAUUCGGUUAAUUAUAAUUUUCUUUACAGAGUUUUACAUAGAUUUGGUUUCCAUAACAAUUAUUAAAACUAUACAGGCACUAUAUGACAACCCUACCGCUGGAUUAAAAUCAAUGGAUAUUUAAUCAAAUAGUCUUACCCUAGAAAGGGGCACAAGACAGGGUUUUGCAUGGUCAGCACUACUCUUCGCAUUAUAUCUGGAACCAUUAGCUCAAUACAUGAGACAAAGUGGGGAAUUACUAGUAAAGGGGCAGAGCAUAAAUUGGCUUGUUACGUGGAUGACAUUUUGAUCUAUCUAGGGCAACCAACAUACUCUUUACCUGAUUGAUGCAAUCCUUUGAACAAUAUGGUCAAUUAUCAGGAUACAUUAUCAACAUAGAUAAAACCCAAUUACUUUCAUAUUACUACAGCCCAGCAAGAGAAAUUGAAAGUAGAUAACCCCGGGCAUGGCAAACAGAGUCUUUCAAAUAUUUGGGCAUCAUUAUGCUAAAAGAUUAGGCAACAUUAUCAGAAUGUAAUUAUCAGCCUUUAUAUAAAAAGAACAUUAAGGAAUAUAUAGCAAGAUGGAACCUGAUUCCUUUCUUUUAGUUUCAGUUCAAGGAUUGAGUCUAUUAUAAUGAAUACACUGCCCAGACUGUUAUAGCUCUUUCAGCCCCUACCAAUAGAGAUUAAUCAAAAUCAAUUCAAUGAAUGGAACAAGAUGUUACCAAGGUAUAUUUGGCAAGGUAAAAGGCCUAGAGUUCAUCUCAAAACUUUGCAAUUAGCAAAGGAAAAGGGUGAAUGCGGCCUAACUUCUCUUCGAGGUUAUUAUUUUGCAGCACAGUUGAGAGCUGUGAUAUGCUGGAACAACCCAUCGUAUGACGCUCAAUGGAAAAACAUUGAGGAGCGGGUACUUCCCAUCCCCAUACAAGCAGUUUUGGCUGAUAAUAACUUGCAAAGGGUACUGAUUUACUACAGGGGACACGGCACACAGCAUCCACCAAAACGAUAUUUCUUUAGUUUGGCCGGGCUGCGGGUCUAUCACCCCCCAUAUUAAGCUGAGGGCCAAAGCGAGAGUUACAUGUGGUUAGAUUAAAGAACACUGGGGCUGUCUACAAGACGGGUCAGAGCCGUCUCUAUUUCCUGAGGAGACUGAGGUCCUUUAACAUCUGCCGGACGAGGCUGAUGAUGAGGUGGCCAGUGCUAUCAUGUUUGCUGUUGUGUGCUGGGGCAGCAGGCUGAGGGUAGCAGACACCAACUGAAACAACAAACUCAUUCGUAAGGCCAGUGAUGUUGUGGAGGUGGAACUGGACUCUCUGACGGUGGUGUCUGAAAAGAGGAUGCUGUCCAGGUUGCAUGCCAUCUUGGACAAUGUCUCCCAUCCACUCCAUAAAGUACUGGUUAGGCAUAGGAGUACAUUCAGCCAGAGAUUCAUUCCACACAGAUGUAACACCGAGCAUCAUAGGAAGUCAUUCCUGCCUGUGGCCAUCAAACUUUACAACUCCUCCCUCAGAGUUUCAGACAUCCUGAGCCAAUAGGCUGGUCUUGGACUGGUUUCCACUUACCCCUAGACAUUGAUAGAGCUUGUUUCUUAUUAUUGAUUAUUAUUCCUACACUUCUAUGUUUAUUGUUGCUAACUUGUUUUAUAUGUGUAUUUGUAUUAUUGAUACUGUUUUGCUUAUUUUACUAAUAAACACCUUUAGCUAACGUGA